AAUCAAUACGAAAGCCUCGAACUCCCAACUCCCAAGCACAACUGCACAACUCCCGACGUACGUGCACUGCGUCGCUGCUCAAUCCAGUAUCCGUUCCACAGUCCGUUCGUCGUACGUAUUUUGAGUCUCAGUCGCUGUCGCCGAUCGUGUGUCGUUGCUUUUGCCGAGCUUUCUCCCUCGUCGUCAAAAAUUGAAAUAAAUGUCAUUAUCGCCGUCCACUGAUUCGAAAGUUACAUAAAAUUAUUAUCCAGUCGCCCGCAACUGUUACUACCACUACGACGCAAUGCAAACUCAACAACCUCCUACUAACUCAACAUUCAAAUUUAUUGAGCGCCGUAAAAAUGAAUGGCGUUGUCUACUUUGUUGUCACGUCAGAACGGGAACCAUUUUCCUUGGAUUAUGGCAUUUGAUGUUACAAUUACUUGCAAUAAGCACGCUUGGAGUGUUUUUGCGACAUCCAGAAUUAUUAAAACCUGUUCAGAUAACAAGAACUUCAAUAGACCAUAAUGAAUUACCAACUGCUUUAGCUGAACGUAACAUUCCAACUUUUAAUGUUAAUUAUGUUUCAACUGAUGGCUCUUCUGCGUUAUCAAACUAUGAUCAAGAUGAUAUGAUUGAACCUACAGUCGGAGGUACAAAGGGUGAAAGAUAUUCUUCAUUUGGAAUGUUUAUGGGACGUCCAUUGCAAUUAGAUGAUUUAAAUUAUGGAGUGUUUAUAAUAUUUUUCACAUUAAUUAUUACUAUUUCCAUGAUUUAUGGUGCCAUCAAAGGAAAACCUAAGUUGUUAAUUCCAUUUUUUUGUAUGCAAUUGUUUGAUUUAUUUGUGACUAUAUUGUCGGCUUUUGGAUAUCUAUGUUAUUUGCCAGACUUCCAUCGUCUCAUGAUCCGCACCGAAUCUGAAUAUAUGUCAAGUGGUAUUACGUAUAUAAAUCCACGAUUUAUAUCAUUUAUAGUAAUCUUUUCUUUGUGUGUUUCAAUAAUAUCUAAGGGAUAUUUUGUUGGCGUAGUUUGGAGUUGUUACAAGUAUCUGACAUUAAAACGUAGUUCAGCUCAACCAACUAUUCAUUAUAUAGAAUCAAACUUUGUUGUUCAAAAUCUUUUACGUCCGGACUAUGAUUUUAACAUGAAAAAAUUUCCUCCUCCACCACCUUCUUAUGCUGUUGCUGUUGGAGAAGAUAAUGCUACCCAUCCUGAUGUACCCCCACCUGCAUACAGUACUACUCAUUAGAGCAAAAUUCAAGAAGAUAUUAAUAUAUUAUUUCUAGUUGUAAAACAUGUCUUUAAUGUACCUAACAUUUGAGUAUAAAAAAAAAAUAUAUAUAUACAUAUAUAAAAUAUAUUACUUAUCAGUAUAAAUUAAUAAUAAACUAGUCCCCUUGGAAAGACUGGAAGAAAUUUGUUAUGAAAACCAAUAGAUAAAAACGCUAAAUCAAAUGUUUAAUCAUCUUAUAUACAAAUACAAUCUAUUGUUACUUUUAAUCCUGUUGUAUAAAUUGAUUUGAAAUUUUAUGUAAUUUUUAUUAUAUUAUGGUGCAAGUGUUAGUUAAUCUUCUUAAGUGUAUUUGUCUUAUUAUUUUUUAAUGAUCACAAUUUUAAUAUAAUUGAUUUAAUAAUGUCUCAUAUUCAUAAAUAGCACAAUACAACUGGUAUUUGUUAAA